AUGAGCUCAAAUUCGGCAGAAUAUUUAAAAAGCGAACAAUUUUCGAAUUCGCUAAAAGACCCACUUAAUGCACGAUCAUUACGAGUUCAACCUGCUUCACACAUGGUUAUUGAUCCUGCCGUGGAAUUUUUUUAUAAGCCUCGCACGCUUACGGUAUUAACGGCAAUGCUAGUCGCCCUCGUAUAUUUUGCUCUGUCACCAGAGGCGGAUGAUACCGCCAUGAAUAUCAAAAUAGGAGUAGGAGCCGCGAUUGGAUUCUUCCUCUCAUUUGCAAUGCUACAAUUUCGUGAUGGACCAUUUAUACGUCCACAUCCCACAUUUUGGCGAAUUGUAAUGGGAAUUGGAGUGUUAUAUCAAUUACUACUUGUUUUUCUAUUGUUUCAGAACAAACGCGAUGCAAGAUACAUAUUCGCAUGUAUAGAUCCCACCCUUGGAGUCCCAUUACCAGAACGCUCAUACGCCGACAACUGUGACUUGACAUGGCAAAACAUGAAAGACCAAAUGGACGUCUUCGUGAUAUAUCAUAUGACGGGCUGGUACGCGAAAGCGGUGGUGCUUCGUGAUUAUUGGUUUUGUUGGAUUCUAUCGAUCAUGUUUGAGAUUAUGGAGUAUUCGUUACAGCAUCAGUUGCCUAAUUUUGCAGAGUGCUGGUGGGAUCAUUGGAUCCUCGAUGUGCUCAUUUGCAACUGGGCUGGACUUUAUCUCGGAAUGAAGACUUGCGAAUACUUUGAAGUGAAAGGAUAUUCGUGGCGAGGUGUAAAAGAAAUUCCAUCACUCAAAGGCAAAGUUAAACGAACAGUGCAACAAUUCACACCGCAGAGUUGGACGAAAUUUGAAUGGGGUGCUACGCAUAGUUUCAAGAAUUUUAUGGCGUUCCUGCAAGCAGAAAUCAAUUCUUUCUAUCUCAAAUACUUAUUGUGGAUUCCACCUGAACAUCCAUUGAACGCUAUACGAGCUACGCUUCUUUUCUUCUGUUCUGCGCCUGGUGUACGAGAGGCAUACCAAUACUUAACAGACAAAAAUUGCAAGCGCUUCGGACCACAAGCAUGGCUUUCCAUGGCUAUGAUAAUGACAGAGUCCGUAAUAAUCAUUAAAUUUGGCCGUGGAGAGUUCCCCCACCCGGCACCGACUUACGUUAUUGUAUUUUGGAGCUUGUUGACUACGACGUUGAUUGGCUACGCGAUUUAUCAGUUUGCUAUACCGGCAUUAAGGAAAUCGAAAUCUGAAUAG